UUGCCGGUUUACCAGAUACAUCAUCAACAACUUCAUCCACAUGUUCAUCAUCAAUAUCCUCCACAUCAGUUACAAAAUCUGUUUGUUUAGAUGCACGAGAUAUUUUAUUAAUGGAAGUAUUUGACAAACCACUUUCAGUAUCAGAAAAAAAUCAUGUUGAAAAAGAAUUAGAAAAUUAUUUAGCAUCCACAUUGGUAAUGGAAGGUGAUGAAAAAGACGACAUACUUUCAUUUUGGAAACAACAUAACCAAUCAUUUCCAUUAAUUGCACCAAUUGCUCGUGAUAUAUUAGCUAUUCCUGCUUCGAAUACGUCGGUUAAAAGACAAUUUUCUGCAUGUAAGAAUACUUUCACAGAUAAACGAACCAAGUUGGGUUCCGAAAAAUUGAACAAAUUAAUCUUUUUGAAAAAGAAUAUGAAUAUUUUAAAAGAACAAUUUUCUGUUGCAUUUACUGAAACAAGUGAUAGUUUAAAUACUAAACGAAAACGUGACACAAUUAUUUUAAAUGAUGAACCAAUGCAAAAGAAGAAGAAAGAAACUAAUGUCUUCGAUAAUCAAGAUGGAAAUGAAUGUUUUAUUGAUUCUGAAAGUGACCCAGAUAAAGAGAUUUUUUAA